AUUAAAAUAAGCGUCGUUUGCUUUUUUUGUGCGCGCGGUUUUCUGUUGCAUUUUGGUUGUACUAUCUGAAUUGUUUUACAUUGUCUACUGUAUAUUCUAGUUAAGUAUUGUCGAAAAACGAUGGAUUUCGAUAAUGCUAAGGAGAACAUACAGCCCCUGGCAAGUGGGCGCAAUGUCAGCCUGCUGCAGGCAUCGCUUUGCCAGGACGCCUCCCAGGAGCUGAACGCGCAGCGCAAGCAGCUGGAGCUGGACAUCAAGAACUACACUGGCGACGAUCCGCUGGAGCCAUGGUAUGCCUAUAUAUGCUGGAUUGAGCAAAGCUAUCCGGCGGGCGGAAGCAAUUCCGGCCUGCAAAAGGUCAUGCACAAAUGUCUGACCCGCUUCGAGCAGGACGAGCGCUACAAACAAGAUCCACGCCUGAUCAAGUUGUUUAUCAAAUUUAUGGGCAGCCAGGGCGAUCAGAUUGAGUGUUAUCAGCAGAUGUACAACAGCGGCAUUGGCACCAUGCUGGCUGAUUUCUAUAUAGCCUGGGCCUACAGCUACGACCUGAGCGGCAAUAUGCGCAAAGCCAACGAGAUCUUUCGCCUGGGCGUUGAUUGUCGCGCCGAGCCGCUGGAGGAGCUCAAGGAGGCGCAACAGCAUUUUGGCUACACGGUCGCUCAGCGCAUGCUCUACAGCGAGGGCGAGGAGACAACUGCUGUCACACAGGAGCUCAAUGAUCGCCGCUUGGCGUUGCGUUCGCUACACGGCCAGAAACGUAAGAAUACGCUCACCGUCGGCAGCGUGCGCACGGGCGCGGCUAUCCGGAGUAACAUGCCCGGCGUGGUACACAACGUUGGAGCCAGCACCAGUCGGGCGGGUCGCAAUGCCAACCGUCAGCUAGAGGUGUUCAACGAUGAGAACGCGGAUCUCAAUGUGCCGCCACCGCCGCCGAUCGCUGAGCCAGAGACGCCGGCAGACGCUAAAUCCAGUCUGCGUUCCAUAAUCGAUGCAGCACGCCAGCAGGAGAAUCUCAAAGAACCCAUAGCCUGGAGCAAGCCUCACAAGCAUGGCAAAAUCUUUGCCUCGACGGCCGCACAUGAUCCGGCCUUUCCCAUACACGUGGACGAGAAGGCGCUGCCGCCGAUUGUUGAUCCCGAUGGCAAUAUGCUAAAGCCCUUCAAAUAUCCACCCAACUUUAAGCCGAAAAAUACAUCACAGGAGCCUUGGGUAACUCCGGUAACCAUUGAGGAUGAGCCGGACACCAAUACGCUGCCCUGCUACAACAAAUGCAUGCUCUAUCCACGUCCCAAUAUGGAGUUCUCGCCCGAGGAGUAUCGUGCUUAUUGCUGGUUCAGGCGUCGCAACGAACAGCAUCCGUAUGUGCUGCGCAACGAGGCCUGGUGGGGUAAUGGUGCUGCUUUUGGCGUGCGUCGUUAUCCAAACUUUGCCAGCAUAUCGAAGCCGCAGGCACGGGACGAGCUGGAUGCAUAUUACAAGCCGCCGGCGGUGCCGUCUCUAGCUACAUUGCUGGACAAGGUCUACAAUGAUGAGGAGCAGCAGGAGUAUCAGCUGGAGGAGCUGCUUGUAGCUAAAUGGCGCCAGAAACUUAUUACACAGCGCGGCGUCAUGGACAUGGAGGAGACGGUCUGCCUGCCGGGCGAGCAAAUGCCGCGACGCAAGAGUUUCUUUCCCAAUCUUCAGCCGGGCUCGAGCAGGAAGUCGAUUAUGCCGCGCAUAUCCUGUGUCAUGGAGGAAGACGAGGAUAGGGAGUCAGAGGAAGAGCAGUUGAAGCAGCAGCAGCAGGUUGAGAAGCCAAAGACACCUGAGCCUCUUGUCAUGAAAAUAUGGGAAGAUCCAGCCGCAGAAGUCUUGCCCCCAAUUCCAACUGAAAGUGUGGUUCCAACUCCGAUUCCCACCCCAAUCCCAGCUAUAGCUGUAACAUCUCCCCCCGGGGAUAAAUUUGUGAUGCCUGCCCCGCCCACACGCAAAAUUGAAAUAUUCGAAGAUGAUGCGAUGCCGCCGCCGCCGCCGGCUGCAGUGAAGCCAGCGCCCAGCGUUUUCUUUGAUGCAGAUGAGACGUGUUCCACGCAAAUGUUCAACAUAUUCAUUAAAUCGCAGGCGGUGAGCACGCCCAAAGCGCCACAGAAACAGGCGCCGGCACGACAAUUCGGCACCCUACUCAAGGAGAUGCCACAGCCGCCGACAGCAGCAGCGCCAGCUGCCCCAUUGCCGCCCGCGAGCGAGGAGCCAGCCGAGCCGGAAGCGGCGGUCGCAGCCGCUGGCCAGACAGUAUCGCCCAUGCUGCGCAAACAGCUGUCGACCAUACUGGAGACAUCGGAGCAUGGUGUAGGCGCCACAAAUGGCACCACCAAAUCUACACUGACCAGCACCACAUCGACCACAUCCAAUACGAACAGCACAUCGCCCAGCUUGCAGGCGACAGCCUUUGUGCUGAGCAGCACGCCGGGACCGACUCGGCUGCAGCGACAAAUGGUUAGCGAGCUGUCCGUAGUGGGCGAGGAGCCGACGGCGGCUGGUAAUUUCCAGCGCUUGGAGCUCUGGGAGCCGAAUGCGCCCAGUGUGCCGCUGCUGAAAUCGCUGCGUUUUCAGGAGGACAAAACAGAAACGGUGCCCAAGCCAUUGAUGGCCUGUUACCAGGAGGACAAAACGGAAACGUUGCCCAAGCUGCCGCUUACGUUGCCGGACAUGGCGAAUGCAUCGAAGCUGCUGCUGCAGCCGUCGGUGCCGCAGUUGCCGACGGAAUACGACGAUGACGAUGACUUGUGCGGACUGUUUGCCAAGACGCCGCCGAAGACAAAGGCAUUCGGCUCGCCGCUCUACGCGGAAAGCUCGAAGCGCAUGUGCGAGCAGCGCACGCCCGAAAUGUUCAGCAAAUCCAUGAAGCAUGUGGAGCCCGCCAAGAGGAGCUCCUUUGAGGUCUUUAAGGAGGAGAGCUAUGCGCUGUCGGGUCUUAAGCCUAGCAGCAAGGCGACGAGCAGCGUCAACAAACUGGCCGAAUCCCUUAUGGCGGAUCUCUCCUUUGUGCCGGAGACGCAACAGCCAACGGCUUUGAGGGAUGGAAAAAGUCAAGCGGCGGCACAAAAGAAAUUUGAGAUCUUUCUGGAUGAGAGCAUGCCGCCGCCGCCGGUGGUGCCGCCCAUGAUGAACUGCACCCUGGCCGAAACGCAAUCGGAAACGAUUGGCCCGGCGCAUUUGACGGCUUCCUUUAUGAAGGAUCUGAGCAGCUGUCCCCUGCCGCUGCCUGUGCCCGUUAAGAGUCCAGCGACGGUAGCUCAACAGAAUUUCGAAAUCUUUUUGGAUGAAUCCUUACCAAACAUGCCGCCGCCGCCGCCGCUGGCGCUUGACCCAAUGGACUGCACAUUGCCCGAAACGCAGCCACAAGGCGCUGCUGUGCUGGAUCACUUGGAGACGAUCGGACCGGCACAUCUUACCGCUUCCUUUAUGAAGGAUUGCACAGAGUUGAGCAAGUGCCCCUCGCCACCAAGCACGUCCGGCAAUCGCUCCACAACGAAAACAGCAACAAAGAGCACAACAAAGCUCAAGUUUCUGCAGGAUUUGGAAAAAUCCAGCACACAGACGGAGUCCAACAAAGCUGCCAAUGAUUACUUUGAGCUAAAUGCCGCCACCGAAAUGUUUGCCAGCAACAUUAGCAUGAUCAAGAACUCGACGCUGCUGCCCGAGACGAGCAAGCGCAGUAAGUCGCCCCCAAAGCAGCCAGCUCCAGUUGCAGCAGCAGCUCCUGUGCCUUCUCCAACUCCAGUCGUUAGCCAGCCCGUACCGCUUAUUGUUCUGGACGAGCCUGAAGACGAUGAACGCAGCAUUUAUUACAAGGCCACGCCGCUGACACCCAAGCAAUCGAACCAUUCCUGGCGAGAGUUGAGUAUUGGCACGACGUCCAAGGAGGAAUUUCGGCAUCGCAAGGCGAGCUUUGAUGAAUCCGUGCUGAAUAGCACGCUGGCCAGCGGCAAUGUGAAUCCCUUCAGUGUGGACAUCAUCAAUUCACUGCUAGACCAUUUGGAGUUCUCGAUGUACAUCGAAAAGCUGCCCAAUUGCCAGCUGAUGGGUCAUGUGAAGCGCGUCGCGCCGCAAUCCACGCUGCAAGUGAACGGCGAGCAGUUCGAGGUGCACAAAAUAAUUGGCAAGGGCGCCUAUGGUUCCGUAUUUAGCGGCAUUCACUGCAAAUCGGGCAAAAAGGUUGCCUUCAAACAGGAGAAACCCACCAAUUACUGGGAGUACUAUAUCUGUCUGGAGGUGCAUUCUCGUCUGAAAAAUGAUAACAUGAUUCCCGCCUAUAUGAACAUUGAUUAUGCUCUGGUGGGCAACAACAGCAGCGUCUAUAUAUCGGAGCUCUCGGAUUAUGGCUCGCUCAUCACCGUCUGCAAUAAGUACAAGAAACAUACAAGCAAAAAUAUGGACGAGCAUGUUGUGAUGCAUCUGUGCUGUCAACUGUUGGAUAUUGUUGAUCAUUUGCAUGCACUGGAGAUCAUUCAUGCGGACAUCAAGGCGGAUAAUUUUCUGCUCAUGCGACCCUUGAGCGUGCAGGCAAAUGAGCUUAGUGUGCAGUUGAUUGACUUUGGUGUGGCGAUUGACACCAAACUUUUUCCGCCCAAUCAGACGUUCGACUAUGUGCACAAUGAGGAUGCCUUCAAAUGCAUCGAGAUGCGCACACAGCGCCGCUGGACAUAUCAAUUGGAUUUGUUCGGUUUGGUUGGUGUGAUGCAUGUGCUGCUCUUUGGACGUUAUAUGGAGGUAGCACAACGACAGCCAAGCGGCAUAUGGAUGCCAAAGACGGCAUUUCCACGCUAUUUCAGUCGCCAGACAUGGGAGUCCAUAUUCCGUACGCUGCUCAAUGUGCGCGACUGUCGCAGCAUGCCCAAUUUACAGCAGCUGCGUACGCUGCUAAAAUCUGAGCUCGCUGAGAAGGAGAAAUAUGUGGAGGCGGCCAUAACCAAGUUUAAUAUGAUAAUGCAAAGGAACCAUUAGGGGAAGGCGAAGGCUGCCCGCGUUUCUUUUAUAUCUAUAAGUAUAUAUGUUUAAAUUUUAGUUUAAUUAUUAAAAAUGUAAUUCAAAUAUGUUCGUAUUUUUUUUUUCUCAACUUUUGGAACUGUCAUGCAGGACAUUGCCAUAUUAUUUGCACACUAAUAUU